AUGAACGCCCAAGUACUCCUCGCCAUGACAGUGUUCACCAGCAUCAGCGACAUCCGAUCGACCCUGGGAGCGGUUCUAUUUGAAUUUACCACGGUUGAAUAUGAUUGGCCGAACGCAACAUUGAAAGUAGGCGGACCUGAUUACAUUUUUGUGACGGUUCCCCGUUUGAGAUACAAAGAUGGCGUACCUGCAAGUCUGAACACUGUUCACGAGAAGUCGCCGGGAUCAAAAGAAGCUGUAUUCCGGCCUUAUCCAGAUUGGGACAGCAACACAGUUGGAAACUGCAAUGCUCUUCAGUUACCGCCAAGCUUGGAAUAUGAUCCCAGAACUGGCUAUUUGUACGUAAUUGACGUUGGACGAGUGGGGAUUUGGUCACCAACAGAACCUUCGCUGAACCUGUGUCCAGCCAAAAUUGUUGUGUUUGACACCAAACAGAACGGGCGAAUUGUGAGGAUUCUUGAUUACGUCGAUCCAGAUCACCCAACAGAAGUCAAAUAUGCCUACAUAUCCGACCCGUUAAGUGAGCAGAUUUGUUUCACAAUUAAUGUUCUUUAUGUCUGCAUUCACAAUCCGCAUAAAUUUUUGCUUUUUUCAUGGUUGUCAUUU